AUGACGAUCAACAAGUCCAGGGUCAGACUUUUGAAAAUUUGGGUAUUUAUCUCAAUGAACCUGUAUUUUCCCAUGAACAGUUUGAAGGACUACGACAACGCCAUCAAGUAUUACUCGGACGCCAUCGAGCUGAGCGCCGGCAAUGCCAUCUACUACGGGAACCGCAGCCUGGCGUACCUGCGCACCGAGUGCUACGGCUAUGCGCUCGCGGAUGCGACGCGCGCUCUCGAGCUUGACAAGGCGUACAUCAAGGGCUACUACCGGCGUGCCACCGCCAAAAUGGCACUGGGCAAGUUCAAGGAGGCGCUCAAGGACUAUGAGACGGUGGUGAAAGUAAGACCCAACGACAAGGACGCCAAGCUCAAGUACCAGGAGUGCAGCAAGAUCGUGAAGCGCAAGGCGUUUGAGCGCGCCAUCGCGAGCGACGACAGCAAAAAGUCUGUGGCCGGCUUGGACCUGGAUAGCAUGGCCAUUGAGGAUGACUACACCGGACCGAAGGUGGAUAAUGGCCAAGUGACGGUCACGUUCAUGAAGGAGCUCAUUGAAUGGUUCAAGGAUCAGAAAAAACUGCACAGGAAAUAUGCCUAUCAG